UGCAUGAGAGGGAAGGACGUGGUUCUAUAAAUAUGGACUAUUUGACUUCAGUGAAGAUAGAAAGGUGUUAAAUCAGCACAGCACCUUCAGAGCCUUCAGGAUCACUGCCAUCCAUCAGUAUAGCUGACUCAGAGUCAUUUUACUGACAGUAUGUUUAUUGAUGAGCGUCUGGUACUGCUUUUUAAACAGAACUGUCAGCAUACGCUUACAUACUGGAGUGUGUUCUUUAGUUUUGGACUGUGUAUAGCCUUUCUGGGGCCUACUGUUCUAGAUCUGAAAUGUCAGACCAACUCCACGCUGCAGGAGAUCACCUGGGUUUUCUUCUCACAGCAGUUCUGCUUGCUCAUCGGCAGCUCGAUUGGCGGCGUUUUCAAAAAGACGUUGUUCAGUGCUCUAGCUGCUCUUCUGCUUUCCUCUCUUGUUAUUUCCCUAGUUUUUGCCAUCAUCCCGCUCUGCUACAAUGUGCUGCUAUUGGCUGUUGCCAUGGCAGUGUCAGGGCUGGCAAUGGGCAUCAUCGACACUAUUGCAAACAUUCAGCUGGUGUCUCUCUAUCAGAAAGACUCUGCAAUCUUCCUGCAGGCUCUGCACUUCUUUAUUGGCUUCGGGGCUCUGGUAAGCCCUCUAAUAGCAGACCCCUUCUUAGCAGAGCACUGCCCAGGUACCAACAGCACAGAGGACGAGGCAGUAAUAAUGCACCACGUCAGACACAGCAUGGCUGCUGCCUUUAGGAGUUCCAUACCUCUCAACUACUCUCAACACCUAGGACCAAUCACAGGGCAGUCCAGCGUCUCCUUCGCCUUCUGGAUCAUGGCUCUCAUUAAUCUUCCAGUGCCUAUUGCAGUGUUUGUGUUGAUGUACAAAGAAAAGUUGAUCCCGUUUUGCUAUAAUGGCUCUUCCCAUUUGCUGGAAAAAGAUGAACUGGCUAUGGAAACUCGAACACCAGAGACAGCAGAGGCUUCAGAACAUGAUGCUGGAGGCCAUGGUGACCUCUUCAGCUGCUGUAUGAAUUCUAACUUCCGUGAGCUUCCUGCUUCAUUUUUUGGAGUUCAUAUUUUGGGUGGAAUCGUCCUCUUCAUGACUGAUGGCAUUGUGGGGGCCUAUGCCGGUUUUGCCUACACAUACGCUGUAUCUCCUCCGAUGCUGCUGCAUCACAAAACAGCCGGCUACCUGCCCUGCGUCUUUUGGGCCGCCAUCACUGGAGGAAGGCUGUUAUCUAUUCCGCUGGCCUAUCGCCUCAGACCUGUGUACCUGCUCAUCAUCAGCCUGGCUGGUGUGAUAGUCACUGUGCUCUUGCUGCUGAUUUUCUACACUAGUAGCCUGUUCCUUUUCAUAGGAACAUGUUUACUGGGUCUGUUUCUCAGCAGCAUCUUCCCAUGCAUGCUUGCUUACACUGAAGACAUUCUGGACUACCAGGGUUGUGCCACAACAGUUCUAGUAACCUCUGCUGGAAUGGGUGAAAUGGUCCUGCAGGUGCUGGUUGGAUCGAUAAUUCAGACUACAGGCAGCUAUAGUUUUCUCUUGUGUGGAAUGAUCACCGGCUUCAUCGGUUUCGUCUUCUUCUUUGGUCUGAUGCUUUGUCACCGCCUCCACAGAAACUACCUCAGAAGAACAUCUAAAAAGACAGCUAUGGUGGAGGACCCAGCUCCGGUUCCAUCACCACUUUCAGUUUCAAAUCCAGUGCCAGUUUCUGCUCCAAAACCAGCUCCAUCAACAGGACCAAUUUCAGCUACUGAAGCAGCUCCAUCAAAAGUGCCCGGUCCAGUCCCCAAAGCAGUUCCAGAACCAGCUCCUUCACCAUUACCAGCUCUAUCACCAGCUUUAUCACCAGUUCCUUCACCAUUACCAGCUUCAUCACCAGUUCCUUCACCAUUACCAGCUCUAUCACCAGCUUCAUCACCAGUUCCUUCACCAUUACCAGCUCUAUCACCAGCUCCUUCACCAUUACCAGCUCUAUCAACAGCUCCUUCACCAUUACCAGCUCUAUCACCAGGUUCAUCACCAGCUCCUUCACCAUUACCAGCUAUAUCACCAGCUUCAUCACCAGCUCCUUCACCAUUACCAGCUCUAUCACCAGCUUCAUCACCAGUUCCUUCACCAUUUCCAGCUCUAUCACCAGCUCCUUCACCAUUACCAGCUCUAUCACCAGCUUCAUCACCAGUUCCUUUACCAUUACGAGUUUCAGAACCAGCUCUAUCACCAGAUCCUUUACCAUUACCAGCUUUAUUACCAGUUUCAUCACCAGCUCCUUCACCAAGGCAAGAGCCAGUUUUAGAAGUAGCUCCAAAGAAAGCAGAAGAGAUGCAGUGGCUUUAGCAUUGUACAGUUGCACAGAAAUGAUCAGUUCAGGUUCUGUUCUUUAUUUGAGUUCAAGAAAUGUGGUAUUUGCAAGUAUCCAAUAUAUUUAUUUGUAAAGCACUAGUUAAUUUAGCCUGAAACAUACAUAUCAAAAAUUACAUUUUACAUUUCCAAGCUUUUAUAUAGAAUGUGCGUAAAAAUACAUACGUACAUAUAUACAUACAUACAUUUAGAAGUUGAAUACAGGCUGAGAAGAUGAGGCUGAGACCAAAGCUUAUCACAGCAUCACACAAGAACUGGCGUUUCUUUUGCAACAAGGCUCCCCCUACAUACAGGAAGAGUAAUUUGUGCCAUCACUAAAGGACAUUCUGUACACAUGCAUGGUGGACAAGCUGAAAAACACUAACCAGUCUACUAAACCAUUUUUUUUUUCUUAUUCAUAAAAAUAUACUCUAUAUACACUAUAUGGGAAGUAAUAAGGAAGUAUUGGGAUGGUUCCAAAUAAAUUGUUUCUUCUGAAA